GAGACGCAGAGUUGUUGGGCUCAACAGACGCGUGCAUCAUGAUGCCUUCACCGAGUGCAUGAAAAAUGGAUUUCAGAUAUCCUUUUGUUCUCCUCCUCGGCUUGGUGGUCAGCCUCGCUCAAUGCAACAUUCGAGCUCCAAUUUUCAACACAGGAGAAAAUUUGAGCUUUAACGAGUGUGGCGUUCGGGAUGAAAAUACAAACCGCACCUCGUGGCUUGCAUUUUUGCAAAGUCGAAAUGUGAAUUGCUAUGGCAUAGUCAUUUCUCGCAGGACCAUUCUAACACGCCAAUGCAGUCUCAGAAAGAGAGAUGUCGAAAAUAUGAUUGCUCGGGUUGGACAUUGCUCCGAGAGAGAUCCCGGGGGCGAUUGCAUUCUUAAAGAUAUCAAGAUUGAAGAACUGGUUGAAAUAAGAGUGCUAGAUCCAACUGGUGGGACGGGAGAUAGAAUUCUCCUCCAACUUUUCAUUUCAAAGAAAAUGCCCGAAAAUAUCCGACCAAUUUGUUUGUUCAACCGCGGCCAGGAAAUGGACAUGGCAAACCUUGCUGAUUCACCGUACUUAAAAAUGCGACGGAUUACGGAAUUCAAUCAUCGUGGGCAUAUUUCUGAUUGGCGGGACGAGCUGGAGCCACGAAAAAUUGUGCCGCAUGAUAUUUGUUUCAAAAAUCAAAGCACAGAAUGGGAGCAACGUUUUGGGAACUUACUGCAACAAUCUCAACGAUUUCUUUGUGUUAACGAUCCUGACCAUUUACAUGAGGGAAUCCUCGUGAAUUUUCAUAUCGGACGCUACUUUCUCCGGGGUUUGUCGGUUUUUUUCAAGAACGAAUCGGUGGAUUUCAGUCUGUAUUUGGACAUUUUGCCACAAAUCGAUUGGAUCGGCCAACACGCGAAAGGAAUCUUUGUUUUACCCGCUAUCCCGCCAUCAAAACCCUGCAGAGGUUUCAAAAAUCCAAAUAAUCUGAGUGUCCGUGACUGCGGAAAGAAACUAAUAAUCAGAAAGACACGAGACGCCGACUAUUCUGAAGAUGAGGAAGACGAUGUCGUCGUCAAUGCCACUCAGCAUAUUUAUUUUGGCUACAAAGUAAGACGCGGACACCCGUGGCACGCUUACGUAGAAAACACUGAAACUCGCGGGUUAUGUGGCGGAACUCUUAUCUCGAUGAGGACGGUUUUGACUGCUGCUCAUUGUAUUUAUGGACAGAAAGCAAACCAACUAAGAGCUUAUAUCGGACUGUAUGACAAAAGAUUAAGAAAUGAUCCAACCGUGCAAAAGAGAAGAGCAAGUCAAAUAAUCUGCCACCCUGGCUAUAGAGACGGACAGUUGAAACACGAUAUUGGCUUGAUGAUUUUUAAUAACAGUUUCAACAGGAGCCAAAAAGUCAGUCCGAUUUGCCUGUGGAACGAGGACUCGAGUUUGAGUCUCGUUGCUAAACGUCUCGGUGUGGUGGUUGGAUACGGUUUAAAAGAGAACGACAAUUUGCCAAAGAAGUUGCAAGAGGCUAAGCUGCCAAUUAGAUCGCACGAAGAGUGUUACAAGCAGAACCGGAAAUUCUUCGGAAAAUAUUUGUACCCGGGAGACAAUUUCUGCGCCGGCUACUCGAACAGAACAACCACAUGCAAAGGGGACAGUGGCGGCGGUCUCGCCGUGGAAAAAGACGGCCUGUGGUUUGUUAGAGGAAUUGUCAGCUUCGGAAUUACUAAAAAGGUCCUGGUUGACGACGAAGAAGAAUCGUUUUGCAUGCCAAACAGAUACUCGUUGUUUGUUGAUGUUGCUAGUUACAUGGAUUGGAUUGUGGAAAACACUCCUGACGUCUCUUUCAAGGACUGAAAUUGUUGUUGAUCGUGUUUUCUUUUGGGAAUUUAAAUUUAAUUUUGUUCAGUUAUUGAUUUUCAUAAAUGAGCGAGAGAGCGACCAAUUUAUUCUUGCUAUCACUCGUGCGUCUGCGUCUCAAGCGAAAGGUCAAGUCAUUGACCUCUCGUCCAGCUCGAGAUAUCUUGUGUAGUAGUUGCAGUUCUUUCGAAUUGUAACAGUCUGUUAAUUAAA